AUGGGAUCGACGACAUUGGUUAGCGGCGUAGCUGCUUUAACAGCUGUGGUGGUUGUUGUUUCACUUGUGAGCGUUGUCUUUAUCAUCAAUGAUAUCAACUACUUCUACGACGAUGUCAUUCACGAGCUCGAUGAUUUCAAGGCUAUCGCUAACUCGGCCUGGCACGAAAUGAAAACCGAUCCCGAAGUGGCUCGUCACAAGCGAGCAGCAUUUUUGGUUCGCAGAGCGGCUUACAGCACAGGUGGAACUGGAGGUGGAAGUGAAUGCAACUGUGGACAACAACCGAACAACUGCCCUCCUGGCCCACCAGGACCUCCUGGAGAGGCUGGACAACCUGGUGAAGAUGGAGCGCCAGGAGAACCUGGAAAGCCUGGAAACGACGGAAACUCCAAUGGUGGGAACGGAGGUGGCAGCUGUAUCCAAUGCCCAGUUGGACCACCUGGACCACCUGGACCAGAUGGAAGCGCCGGACCACCUGGGCCUGACGGAAAUCCUGGAGCUCCUGGGGGUGGAUCUGGACCGUCACCUCCUGGUCCUCCUGGACCACCAGGAGAUGCAGGACAGCCUGGCAAUGAUGGUCAACCUGGAGCUCCUGGCCAACCUGGAGCACCUGGAACUAAAGGAACAGGAUUGCCCGGACCUCCCGGUCCACCAGGACCUGUGGGAUCACCUGGACAACCAGGUCCAAACGGAAAUGCUGCUGGAGCAAGCCUUCCAGGACCACCUGGGCCACCUGGACCAAAUGGAAAUCCAGGGCAGCCGGGACCUGUUGGACCAGCAGGUCCUCCUGGUGAGGAUGCCCCACCUGGCGAAGAUGCGGAAUACUGCCCAUGCCCUGCACGAAGUGGUGAUGGAGGCGUCACUGGCGGAGGAAGCAACUACAACAAUGGAGAGAGCACCGCUGGACCAUCAGGAUACGCGAGAUGGAGGGCCAGUCGUCGUUUCGUCGCCAAGAAACGUGCUGUGAUGAGAAAGGCUGCCAAGAAAGCAUGA